GCUUAUAUUCAAUUGCUGGCCAGGACUGGAAGUGUUGGCCCUUGUAAGGCUCGCUGAGUUGGCCAACACGACUUGGAGAAGUGUCCAACUAUUCCCUCAACUGCAAUGGCAGCCAAGGAAUCAUACCACAUUGAAACCCAUAACAAUUACACAAUACGUGCAGCUGGAGUUGGUGAAUGUCAUGAAUCCCAAUGCAUAUUGUGAGGCAGAGGAUUUUCAACAUGGCUACGAAAUGGAAGCUGCGAAUGGAAGUCGCUUUAUCAAGUUGCAUGUGAAUCACUUUAGACGUACGAAAAUAGGAGAGUUGGCGACAAUGCGGGACAUGUGCUUGGACAACAAUGGAAUGCCAGUGCGGAGAUUAUGCGAAGCCAACAAUGCAACUGCCACCUGGAGGCAGCUCGUCAAUGUGACUUGUCGAGCGGGGAGCAAGCUGAGCAGAGGGCUCAACCAGCUGCGCGAAGAGAUGCUCGGGGAAGUGCACAAACCGGUCAUCUUGACCAAGGUCACAGACUUAUUGAGUCAGGCUCUUGGCCAGCUGGCUCCCGUUGAUGUCUACACUACGGCGCAAAUAAUUGUUUUGCUCGUGGAUCAGCGGGUGAAUGAUGCAGCAUUGAGUGCGGAUUUGGUCAACAUUUGUAGCCAGCUAAUGUCCAGUGAUAAGCAUGUGCUGCUCUUAUCAGCAGAGCUUAAUGCGACCAACACACUGCUCAACAAAUUUGAGGAUUAUAUGGAUGCACUGCCGCAACAAUUCGUGCCCAGGGAGAGCUGUGGCAAGACGAUUCUCCAUGAAGGUAUUGAAUCAGCUAAUGUUGCUGUGCAAAUUGUCAACUAUGCGAAUAUUGGCGUACAAGCUCUGAUAAGCAGCAAUCUGAGCGUAUUCUAUGUGAAUCCCACGUGUGAUAACAUUACUGGAAUGGCCAUUUACUCAGCGACAUCUAAGGACCGAAGAUCUGCGGGUGGCGACUUCUGGUAUCGCUUUCUAUAUGCCAACGAGAGUGUGCAUAGGUUAAGGAGUGAGUCGGAUCUGGAGACUGCCACAUAUCUGCCAGAGCAGCUGUGGCGCCAGUUGCGAAACAGAGGCGCCUCCUAUUUGGUCUUCAAGAUCUAUGCCCACGAUGCGCUGUUUGUGGAGACUUCAGAGCAGCGCAUUCGACGACCAGGUGGUAAAGUGUUAUCCAUAACAAUUCCCGGAUUUGAGGCAGGUGAAUUACCCGGUGCGUUGCCUUUUGUGCUACGUAAGCCAGAGCAGUUGGACGCAGUUGGUGGCUGUGGCUACUGGAACUAUGAGACGUGGUUGGACAACGGCAUCACGACUUGCAACGACAGCAAUGAGUGGGACACCACUGUGCUCUGUCAAGCCCAACAUCUGACGCAAUUCUCCUUUUUAAUUGGCGGCAGUUACUGGCAACAGGAGCAACAGGAUGAUGUCCAGCUUCAGUCACAUGAGCAGCUGCUGGACAUGCUCACACUUGUGGGCUGUGGUCUUUCGCUCUUUGGCCUGCUGGGAAUCUUUUUAACUGCGGCACUGGUCAAGAAGUGGCGGGAUCAAGCCUCUACGAAGGUGCUACUACAUCUAUGCCUAGCACUCUCCCUGCAAUUGUCAUUGUUUGGAGUUCUCAGUGUUGACGAUUGGACGGCGCAAAUUUCACUGGAACAGGACUGGAAUCGCUGUUUGAUUUCGGGAGCAGCUCUACAAUACUCAGUCCUGGUCAUCUUCAGCUGGAUGCUCAUCAUAGCCUUUCUGCAGUUCCAGCGCUAUGUCACGGUAAUAGGCGUGGCCCGCCCACAACAUUAUAUUCUCAUAUCAGCGAUUGUAGCCUGGACUCUUCCACUACUGCCCACAUUGUUGGUCGUGCUGCUGGACGAUAAAUCGUACAAGCCAACGGAGUAUCAGCUGAAUUCCCACACAGCCAUGUGCUAUCCCUCGGGCUAUGGCUUGGCCUUUGGUGUUGUAUUGCCCAUCGCUCUGAUAACUAUUGUCAAUUGCUUUAUGAUGAUCUGCAUUGUGUAUAGCAUUUAUCAGGCUUUGAAUCCCCGGCGCCAGUUAAUUGUUCAACAGCUGCGUCUCUCAGUGUUGCUCUUCUUCUUAUUGGGACUUAGCUGGAUUUUUGGUCUUUGCAGUUAUCUGCACCUUGGCAUAAUAUUUUCAUAUCUCUUCUGCCUCACGGCUACACUUCAGGGAUUUGUGCUCUUUGUCUAUUUUGUACUAUUAAAUACGGCUAACAGACACGCUUGGCUAAAACUCUUCUGUCCCAAUCAGAUGAGGAUGGACGUGCCGAGGCGUUCAACGGAAUUAAAGUCGAUGACCACAUCUUCAACUAAUUUCUCAAGAAGAACUCAGUCAUAAUAGAGUUGUACCGAAUCGUUCGGACUAAGGAUCUAUUGAACUAAUCCCCAAAGUGAACUAAUCCCCUUAAGCCGAAUGUUGCCACUCCAUUAAAAACUUCGUUCUGAUAUGAUUUUUUUUACCUAAAAAAGUUAAGUAAAUUUCCCAAAAGAGGUAUUCGGAAUAAACCUUUAGUAAAAUGUUUACUUAA